CUUAAACUACCAUAUCUCAAGUGUAUGCUAGUUGUGGAGGGUUUGCGCAAGCAUCUCUCUCAGUGCUCUUUUUGACCGCUUCCCACGAUGCAGAUGCAGAAAGACAGCAGAUCCGCCACUUCGUGCACCGAGUGCCAACGGCGGAAGCAGAAGUGUUCUCGCGAAUGGCCAUGCAACCACUGCCAGGCAAGGAAAGUUGCUUAUCUGUGACAAUUUGCUGUGAAGAAAUCGCAGCACGUGCAUGUGAUAGACUCUGUAAGAGGGAGUUCAGGCGGCAGCAGAGGCCACAAGAGGGAGCACUUGACUUCAUUUGAGGGGUCUGCCGAUCUGUUACAGCACGGAAACAUCGAACCAAACGAAGGUGGCCUACGGGCCUGGGGCUACAUGCCUGGACAUGUGCACUGGAAAGUCAAUACUAUCAACGAUGGUGCACAAAGGAAACAGGCUCCCCCAGAACCCGCACGAUUAGAAUUGGCGGAACGUGUGCUACACGCUGUUCCUCCACGAUCGAUAACUGACGCGUUCGUAAACCACUUCCUGAGCGUGGUCAACUACCGAUACAGCACAAUCUACGCCCCUACUUUCACAAACCAGUAUGUCCAGUGGUGGGCGGAUCGAGCUGCCGGCAAGCGAUUAUCUCCAGAAUUUACGUGUUUACUUCUGAGGGUGUGCGCGUACAGCGUGCAGUAUCUCACAUCUUCGUUGCGGAAAAUGAUCAUAUUCGAGAUGGCUUGUGAUCUCCAGCAGCUCACAGAUCGUUUCUCUGAGGCCGCAGAGCAGCUAAGUCAAAGCUUUACCGCCGCGAACACAUGUGUCGAACGCGUACAAGAACAGUUUCUUAAAGGGGCCUGGCUUAAGUCAGAAGCAAAAAUCGUCGAAUCUUGGCAUGUCCUGGGGUGCACAAUACGCGAAGCACAGGAACUUGGUAUAGACAGGGACGCCAAUACUAAAGGUCUAAACGAAUUCGAAAUUGAGAUCCGGAGGAGAAUAUGGGCGUUGCUGUACAUCUGGGAUUGGCAGAUGGGUGCUUGGCUCGGACGACCGAACCUCAUCGAUCAAAAGAAUCUCAAGUUCAAACUGCCCACAUUACGCUUGGAUUCGUCGAGUUCGGAGCCGAAUCUGCUCUCGCCUUUCGCCCACAUGGCCCUUCAGGCAAGUCUUGGCCGGCGGCUGAACACCGUUAUGGGUGAUGCGCAGUCUGUUGAGGCCCUCUCCGCCAACGAGAUCAUUAGUAUACAAGCCAGGCUCGACAAGUUCAUUGAUGAUCUACCUUCAAUCUUCCGGCUCCACGAUCCAGACACCUCGCUGGAUGUCGACCAUCCAUAUCUUGUAUUCCAGCGUCACCAGCUCCACACCGUGCUGCACGUGACGAAGCUUGACUUCUUGAAACCAUUCCUCACACGAGCUCGCGAUGAUAAGAAGACGGACCGAGACGACGAGUUCCGUGCUAUGGGUAUAGACUUGGCUCUUGAUGUGCUCAUGGUGGCUCGUCGUCUAUUCGAUCAUGAGUUCCCCAUCAAUGCCAAGUUCCAUAUGGUCGUCUUCUCGAUCUUCGACACCUCAACGAUCUUGUGCUCCGCCAUAAUCCAUGACAGCGAAUCCAGUUUGACCCGGAGAGACGAAGUCACAAACGCCAUUAAUGGGUCGCUUGACAUGCUGCAUCAGCUUAGCAGGUCCACAAAGCUUGGCGCAUCCUCCUACGCAUUUCUUUACAAGCUGGUCCAGUCCCACCCUGAGAUUUCGUGUGGUGCCGGGGCCGGUAAACGCUUACGAAGGCUGUCAUCUACAUCCACGCAUACACUUGAACUUCCACCCCUUGUGCAUCAUUCAUCAUCGAAAGAAUCCGUCAACAGUUCGAUUGGUAUCCAGGCGCCGGCAAGCAUAUCGCAGACCUCUACAGCCAUCGAACCAACUUCCACCAUGCCCUUAAUACAUGACUUCUCGUUUGAUGUCGACCAAUUUUUGGCGCAGAACCCGCUUGGAAGCGCGAACGCUCUAGAUAUGGGCGGCAUAGAGCAGAUCUGGGAUUGGGAGGACCUGAAUUUAGAUCAGUUCCCUUGUUAGCUCCAUCCAGCG